AUGUCGAUUAUACAGCCACCAAAGACCGAUAAAUAUUCUCGUCUCAAUGGACUUAUCGCCGAGGCAAAGCAGAAGUCGCCGUUCUACAGCGAUCUCUACCGAAAUAUGGCGGCUACUGACCAGCUUACCCCCAAAGAGGUCCCUUUGAUCGAUCAUUCCAAGUACUGGGCGGCCUAUCAUGAUUCUGAACGUUCGGUUAUGACCUCUUGCCAGAUAGACGGCGUUCUGAUGGAAACUGGUGGUUGGAGAAUAUCCCAGAACCCAUUAUAUAGCAGCGCCACUAACCGGACUCAAUGUGCAGGCACUACUGGUAUUCCCAAGUUUACUAGUUACUCUCAAAUAGAGCUGCUUCGGACCGCAUCCCUGCUGGCAGACGGACUUCUCCAUGCGGGAUUGCGGGCAGGUGAUCGAGUCGCGAAUCUCUUUUACGCAGGAGACCUCUACGGGUCUUUUCUCUUGCAUAUUUUGAGCGUAAUUUCUCUGCCUGUACCUGCCAUUCAGAUACCAAUUGGAGGUUUGAUGGCGCCGGAUGUGACUGCUCAGCUUCUGCGAACAUGCCGCGCAACGGCAGUGCUCUCAACCAUAACAUCACUGGUCCGUCUGGCCUCAUAUUGCCGCCCUAAAGAAGAAAGGUUCCUAUCUGUGACGGCUGUCAUGUUUGGAGGCGAGCCAAUGUUUGAUGAUCAAGUCGCUGCGGUGGCCUAUCUGUUCCCUAAUGCCACUAUACGCAGCUGCAUAUACGGCUCCAUCGAUGCCGGUGUUGUGGCCGUGUCUGCUGGAAAUCCAGACCCAGCAGAGCAUAUAGUACUCUCGGCAGCGGCCAUAGUCGAGAUCCUUGUCGACGAAGAUGAAGGGCCUGUCCCGACUGAACAACCAGAUAUUCCCGGAACACUUGUUGUAACCAACUUGAUCCGAGACCUGACACCUGUCAUUCGUUAUCCAACAGGGGAUCGCGCGGAGUGGGUUGACAAAACGGCUGGAAUCUUCCGUCUUCUCGGACGAAGCAACCAGGCUGUCCGGCUAGGUCCUGUUUCUCUAGACAUUUCACAUCUACGUCAGCUUGCCAGAGCUGUUUUGAAGACUGUGGCUAUAGAAGCUUUCCAGGUGGUGGUUACCCGUCAAGACUCGAAGGAUGCUAUGGAGAUAAUGAUAAACACCGCCGAGCCCCCUCCUGCAGCAUCUGAAGAUGCCAUAAUUGAGAUGCUGAAUGAGCAGAGGCCUAUGUUGAAGAGGCAUAUUGAGAUGGGUUUGGUUGCUCCCGCUAAGGUUUGUUUCAAAUCCAUCUGCGAUAUGAAAGCAAACCCACGUAGCGGGAAAUUACCUGAGAUUAUCGACUUAAGACUAGGCACUGCAUAA